AAAUGAAAAGAAGACUUACACUGUGUUACGAAAAGCUGGUUCCCAAGAAUUAUUCAUAGCCGCCAGAAAUUGGAUGCUGUCGGACGACAUGUGUUUGUAUCACAGCAGUAUAACCAAUUAUGAAGUUGAGGCAUGCGUAAGACCUAGACCGGAAUGGGUGUUAAUUGAUUGUCAAAUGUUAGCUGAGCUAG